AUGGCGGGCGUAGUCCCUGGAGGCGUCCAGACUUCCACCACCCUUUCAAUAUUGCCAUCUGAAGGUGCCGAUCCCAACCCUAAUCCCAAUUCCAAUCCCGACAAUGGCGCUGGCAUCGGUAACGGCAACACCGGCACAAAUAGCGAGGCUCAAAGCUCGCCAACGCCGACAUCUCCAAUGAACAUUCUGCCGCCGAAUUCUUCACCUACAAGCGUCUUCACUGCGCUCCCAUUGCCUACGGUCAUCAUCUUCAACGACGCAGCCAACUUCGGGCCCAGACCUGACGGACGUGUUUUUUCCACCGAUGGCCAGACCAAGCUCUUUUCAUGGAAAAUUGGCAACAGCACGACGACACCGUUAAAUAUUUUCUGGUACGGGAAACCCAAUGCUUCAGAGGAGGCCUUCGAUAUAUCCGUGGCAAAAACCAUUGCCCGUGCCCAGUUCGGUAACUCCAGCCCCGGAAACGAGAUUGUUAAUCUGAGCUUCUCAAACGCAACGCUCAACCUCACAGGCUCCGCAUUAACUUCAGGCAACUGGUACAAUAAGGAUAUGGUCAUCAAAAUCGAUUGGAAAACAAAAAAUGGAGAAAUAGGCUUCUCCCAAUCCGGCGUCUUCACCGUUUCGAAUGGGACAGGCUUGGAUGAGCCACUCUUUGAGAAAGAGGCGACCAACAACGACCAAGACCGGCGAGGUGGUGAGGCUGUAACCUCAACCAGUAUACUGCCCCAACCCACCAACGGAUCUUCUAACGGCAACGGUAACGGCAUCGGAGGCGGCAGCAGUGGAGACAGCAGCAGGGCAACUGGUGGCGGCCUGAGUACAGGCGCCAAAGCUGGCAUCGCCGUGGCGUGCUCUAUCGUUGGCAUCGCCCUCAUCGGCGGCCUCGUGUGGUUCCUCCUUCGCCGCCGGCGGAGACGCCAUUUCGACCAGGGCUACAAUGCUGCCGGCCAGACUACCAACUCCUUCAUCGCCACCAAGGAAGUUCAGGCUUCAGUCGCCGAGUCGCCCAUCGUCUCUCCCUUUUCUGACCACGGCGACCGAGCCCGUUCCGGUUCCACCAAUGCAAUGGUACCUCUUCAGCCGGCUGCUGCAGGAACGACGGCAGCCGCGCGGGCUGCUACUCACGAUGAUGAGACGGAGCGUCCAGACACUGCUGGGUCGGGCAACAACAACAUGUCACGCAACAUUGCUCAUCUCGUUGAGGAGGGCAUGACAGAGGCCGAUAUCCUGCGACUGGAAGAGGAAGAGCGACAUCUAGACGCUGAGAUUGAGCGUGCAGCUCGAAGAAAUACCUGACCCUCAUCAUGUGCAAGUAUAAAAUAUGCUUCUCCGCCUCUGCCAAAGAAGGGAAAGUUUAAUAAGCUUUGGAAGGCUGUCGGUUUUCUUCUUGUUUCCUCUUUUCCGUUUGGGAAUCCCGGGGAGACCGGAUAUGUUUGGCUUCCGUGCCGCCUUUCUCUGUGAAGCUCGUAAUUUCUUUAUAUCAUGUUUGUGUGACGAUUUGGAUACCAUGUACAAAGCAAAGGACGUUACGACUCAUGAUAUGAUAUCGAUCCUUUGACGGCAUCUUUAUUGUCCUCUUUCACCUUUGCUGAGAUGACUGGAAAUGAACUCGACGAUCUAAAGAUAUCAAUUGGUUUCCUCUUGCAGGCAUCUCAUUCUUUUUUUAAUCUCGAAUUGUAUAUAUAUAUACCCUCUGCGCAUGUUUAGUAGCUUCAUAGUAGCACGAGGGCGCCACUCGCUGUAAAUUCUAAUAGAGAAACAAGAAAAUGCUAAGACCUC